AUGGUGGAAGUGAGGAACAAGCAGGUGAUAUUGAAGAAGUAUGUGUCGGCCGGGCUCCCAAAAGAAUCUGACAUGGCCGUUGUCACUACCACCACCAAACUGAAGCUUCCAGAAGGCUCCGGCGGGGUUCUGGUGAAGAACCUCUACUUUUCCUGCGAUCCUUACAUGAGAGGCCAAGAGCGAACCUGCUUCUUAUGUCGAUCCCUUCAACCCCAGCAAGCGUAUCAGCAGUUUAAGGGAAUCUUUAUUAUUUACUGGAACUUUUUUCUUAGGUAUAAACUCUGGAAUUCCUACCUUAGAGCUGUUAUGGAGUGUGACAUGAAAGCAGUUAGCAAAGGUAAUAAGAGCAAAGUUGAAGUUUUGGAGACUUGCUUGCAGCAAAUGAAAGCCUGCUUCCUUGAUGUAAGCUUAUCAAAUAGAUCUGGUGGAGAUGAGCAGCAUGCAUCUGGAGAGUUCAUUCGGCGAUGUGGACUCUGCCAUGAAGCAGAUAUGGUGCUUAGGAAAAAUCAGGUUGAUUUGCUGGAGAAGAAGUUUGGCUUUGAUGAGAAAGCCGGUAAAAUGGGUCACAAAAGAGGUGGACUUGUUAGCAUGCACAAGUUUGGUUUAUGGGAAAUAAGUGAAGGUUUCACUCUUCAAUACUUUCACAACAGAGCAAUCGAACAGUGGAUGCAGUCAUGCAGACGACAACUUUUAGUCCUCUCCAGUUGCACUGCUUUUCUUAUAAUGGCAUUUUCUACUUGA